AGAGAGAGCACGGACACAAAGCAAGUGAGCCCACAAGUAGUAGAAGAGUUCGCACACACGCGCACACACUGAGACAAUAAGCAGAAGCAGAGAGUCCCUGGGGUGAAAGAAAAGGGGUUUGCUAUGGCACAGGGUUCUGACAGCAACGACACCAGCUUCACCAGAUCUCCAUCCCCUGGCAAUAAGGAGGACUCCUCUGACGACGUGAAGAAGGUGUUAAGGCGAGAGAAGAACCGAAUCGCAGCUCAGAAGAGCAGGAUGAGGCAGACACAGAAAGCAGACACUUUGCACUUGGAGAGUGAGAAUCUGGUGAAAGAAAAUGCUGCUCUGCGGAAGGAGGUGAAGAGACUGACAGAUGAGGCCAAGUACCUGACAAAUGUGCUGAGCACCCAUGAGCCUCUGUGUUCAGCACUGAGCUCCCAGGCAUCUGAGAUCGUCUACUCUCCACAUGGCGCCUUCCACCAGCCCCACAUCAACUCUCCACGCUUCCAGCAUUGACCACGGGAGCACUCCACACUGCCACGCUGUCAAACUCAGGGAAUGAGAGUCCAAGGGGUCAUUUCCUGUGGAAAAUAAUAUGGGACUUGCUAAUUUAAGAGUCACAAUGACUCUCGUGUAUUUGUUGUUUGUUUUGUAAAGCACACGAAGCAAAGAUUAAUUGAGCACUUCUAGAGCUUGUGAUGAGAUUGAGUAACUUGAACUGUGGCACAGAGGCAUGGCUUUGAAGGGGUGGCCUCAUUACGUUCUGUGUUCUUCUCAGUGUCACACAAAACGAUUGUAAGUGAGCUUUUGUUAAAGCUGAUCACUGGUAGUUAAGUUAUAAAACGUGAUAAGCAAAAUUAUGCUAAAAUGACUCCCCCACCCCCACCCCCAUAUAGUUUCAUUUAUUGAAUGGUAUUUUUGCUUAGCUUGCUCUGCCACCUCAUGGCUGAAUGCUAAAACAGCAACUAGAGAAAGUUUAGCGUGUGGUAGAAUUCUUAUUGAAUUCACAGUCUGGGUCAUAAACACAUUGUUUCUGAUUGUAAGAUCCUUUUGUAAAUGCAUUCAUCGUACAAGAAUGUUUUAAGAGAAAAAAGAUGCCACUGCCUGCUGAUACACCAGAAAGUGUAUGCGAUAACUGUGUAAGUAGGCAUAAAGUUUAUUUUAAAAAUUCCAGCUAUAUAGAUGAAACUGAAUGAAGUUUAGUUAUGAUGCCUACCUCUCUUUCGGUUUUUGGUGUUGUGGAUUCUGCCAAUGCAUGGUUAUGUGAUGCACCCUAGCUUUUGGAAUUGCACAUCCCUGUUAUGAAUACCUUCAAUGUUGCAGUUUUCUCAAUUGCCCUGUCUACUCCAUUUUUUAAACCCCAUAAAUCAAAUGAAUUGUGAUUGACAAAAACAACUAAUAUUUAUACUGUAUAAACCUUUUUUUGGUCUGCACAUCAGGUAUCACUGUAUGUCAGGUAUCAGGCACUGUUGUUCUUCUUUAUAAUGUUAUUAUAUUUUGAAUGUCAGACAAACAUGAAUGUAUUUUUUAUAGUAUUUUUUUAGAAUGGUCAGGUCUACUUCUGUAUCAGCGGGGAUUACAACUAUAAAGUAGUGUUUGAAAGUAUUUUGGACACUGUAAUUGCAGCUAAAUCAACUAUUUAAGUGUCAAAGUUUGUUGGUAAUUGCAGCUUGUAGUUUUCAAAAUAAAGCUUAAAUGACAGAAUGCAA